CAGUUGCUCUUAUGCUCGCCAGCAACGAACAGCAACCGCGUCGCGCUGUCCGACUCGACAUUGACCGUGCGUGCGCAACGAGUUGCGGAUUGUGACUCUGAGAAUUGCAAAUUUCAGUGUGGGGGAGAUCGUGAUUUGUGAAAGAGAGUGCGUUCGCUCGAGUCGUCGCGAAUGACGAAAGGAUCGAAUUGCAAAUCGAUUACGCGGGCGGUUGCAUUUGAAUUUGGACGCGGACACACGACUGGCUGCAGUGCUGAAAUCUACGCUCGAUCGUAGCCAAAUAAAAUGAACUUUGCGACGUGGUGUCGUGCAAUUUGACGAUUAUCGUUCGUUUUGCUUCUUAUCGCCCGCUUUGCUAUUCAAAAAAUCAACUACGAAGGAAGACCGAUCAGGCACGUAUCAGCGCCUUCUAUGCAACUGGAUAAACCUUACGCCGUCCGUCACUGCCUCCCAUCGAGAAAAACAAAGUGAUUAUUCGUUUAUCGGAAGUUUUAUCGCUCGAUUGUGAGAAAAAUCGCGAAAUUGAGCAGACUCGUUGCGAGAGCGUGCAAAAGAAGAGCGCCGUCGCGGGAUAAACAUUCGCCGACGAGAUUGCGCUCGGGAAGCGCAGUGAGAAAAAUUAUUCUCGACAGCGGGAAAAAUCAUUCGCGAUAGCACAUCAUUUUUACAUGCGCGUCACGCGUCAGUCUCUCGUUGGAAUGCGUAGGAUUCCUGACAGUCGGAACGACCUGACGGCGGUGUCACGUGACAACAAGCUCUAACCGGGGCUCAGUGGAUUUUGCGACGGGACCGCCGCUCCUCUCCUCUCCGAACGGAAGUGUCCAAUCUGGGUCUGUUGCACUUGUUGAUGCGGCUGUCGAGCGCGCCACAUUUGCGUUUCGAAGUAUCGGCCAAGGGCGAUGAGGAAGCAUCGGUUCGUUUAGCGCACACGAAUCACUCACGGAAGGUCAAGAGGAACGUCGAGGAGCAAUGAUUAGCGCUGCUCGAGGUCGAAUUGCCGGCCGAGGUUCGCGCGGAAGUUGACUCUUGCGGAUCGGCCGUAGGGAUCCACGGAGAGAACCUAUUAUGUUAGGGGCAGGAUUUUUAUACGCCUUGCUGAAGGUGUUGGUGCUAGCGGGGGUGGUCGUCGCGUUCCUGCCAGACGAUGACGAGAACGUCGUUCUGGCCAGUCUCCAGGAAGAAUGCGCUUCCAAAUGCCCGGACCUGGAUCUCACGCAGAAUCGAACGGACGACGCGAGCUCGGAGGUAGGAUGUGGAGUAAGGUGCAAGAUCGAUCAGUGUACAAAAGGCUGCGAAGCGUGGCAACAGGCGCUCGACACAAGCUGCCAAGCUGUUUGCAAUGGAACACAGGAAUUGCUACCGCCAAAGGAAUUGUACUGCGUUUUGGGCUGUCACGAUGCGUUAAAUCGUUACUUCCAGCAGCUUAAAGCGGAAAUUGGGACUCCACCGGCACCGGCAUUGGUCGCGGAUUCACUCACGGCGACAUCGCUCAGUCUCGAAUGGAAAGGCGUAGAUAUAAAGAGACGCGUCGAAGGUAUUUCAUACUUAGUACAAUGGAGAUACGAAGAGCUAGCCGAGACGUGGCAGUAUUGCAGGAACCAAACGUGGGGUGAAGGUGAUCAGAUACUGGUCGAGAACUUGCAACCGUAUACUAAUUACAGGUUUCGCGUAGCGAUGCUCCUGAAGUCGUCGCAGCACAAUCCGGAACCGAUCGUCUCAGCGCCGAGCGUGGUAAUAUUAACGCGCGCGGAAGGUCUACCGACAUCAGCACCGGUAAUUGUAAGAGCUGCUGCAGUAGACAGCUACCGCGUCUCUGUGUCUUGGGAACCGGGCCCUUUCCCGAACGGGCCACUUUUGUCGUAUGUCCUACGUCUGCAAAGGGCUAACCACACUCAGAUUAAGGAUAUUCCAGCGUCUGAAAACACAACGCGUGAUCACUACAUGUUUCGAAAUUUAAAAUCUAACCAGAAUUAUACCGUCAGCGUGACCAUGAGAAAUGGAGUCGGCGAGGGCCCACCCGCGAUUAUUUGUAUAUCUACCACGCCGGAGCCUGCUGUCAAGGACACGCAAGAACCGAUUCUCAUCCUUGGUAGCAAGCACGAGGUCAUGAAGCAGAAGACGAACAUGUUAGAUGAGCCCAAGUCUAUUUAUGAGAACAAUAACACUGAGAUUCGCGGUGUCGCGAUACACGUGGCAUCUUCUCAAUUAUUUGUAUCUACUUCAGCCGGUUACGUAUAUCGAACUUCGAUCACCGAGAAAUCCAAACCCGAGAUCAUUUUAAGUCCCGAUCAAGUGAACUUUGAACCCUUGAGUCUUUCUGUUGACUGGCUGAAUCGUCACCUGUACGUUUUGGGAGAGGUGAAACAUACCAAGACGAUAUGGCAAAUAGCCAGGUGUAAUCUAGACGGCAGAGGAUUGACAGUGGCUGUAGCUGGAUUUUUGAACAAACCUUCGCACAUUGAGGUUGAUCCUUACAAUGGAUAUCUUUUCUGGAUCAUAAAAGGGAAAAUGCACAGAUUAGAUUUGGCGGAUAUCAGUAACGGUGUGAAACACGAGGUUAAACCAUCCUUCAUUUACGGCGAUUCGAAUAUGAGUGCAUUCACCGUGGAUCACAUGAGUUUCCGGCUACUCGUGCCAAAUCAUACCCUCAAUACCGUAAUGUCUAUGUCACUGGAUGGUCGCGAAAGUGCUAAUAUUCGCGCUAAUACGCAAAAACCGCAAUUUAAACAUGUUGUUUCCUUAGCUAUGGCGAAUAAAUUGUUUUACUGGACUAACGGUCAAGAAGUUUUUAACGAAGGAUACCAUUCCGGUCACAAUUUAUACUUUCACAACGUGUAUCCAGUCAGGUCAGACACCUUCAUCAGCGUAAACGUAUUGAUGAAUGCGAGCCAGCCAGUUCCUAUUCCUGUGAAUCCUCCCACGGGAGUGCAGGCCGUUCUAGGAGCGGAAAGGGCUAAGGUUUCUUGGCAAGCUCCUCAUUUGUUAGGCGGUCAAGGGAAAGGCGCUUGGCAGAAUUGGUCCUACGAGCUUGAGAUUAGAGAAGAAAUAUCCAACUAUUCGUCUAGUCAAGCUAUACAUCAUAGAAACAUUGUCGGAUCGUCUCACACUGUCUCUAAUUUGCGAGAAAGUUCGCAAUAUUAUAUCAGAGUGGCGGCCUAUACGAGCGCCGGUAGAGGGCCAUGGUCCACGGAAUUCAGAGGACGAACUCUGAGGAAUGGCUCGCGCACGACUAUCUUAUGGUCAUCGAAUGAAGGGCUCUUGAAAAGCGACGUAACUGGUGAGAAUAUAGACACGCUUAUUUAUAAAGCGAGCCUGAAGGAAGCCGGGAGUGAAUUUCAUAUUGUCGACGUUAGUUGGUACAAGGAUGUGUUAUACAUAGUAGGAAAUAAUUCCGCGCUAUAUCGUUAUAACAUCAGUAAUCAUCAGAAAACAAAGCUCAAUAUACAUUCGGUGGGGAGCGUUGCUGUGGAUUGGAUCUCGAAGAAGCUGUAUUGGGCGAACCCAAAACAACAAAUUAUAACGAGAGCGAAUUUGAACGGGUCCGAGCAAGAGCCGAUGUCAAUUCUGGCGAUUGUAAAAGAGCUCACGAUCGAUUCACUGGAGGCGUAUCUGUAUUGGUCAACCGGGCAUGCUGUAGAAGUUGCGCGACUAAAUGGACAGGAUAGGAGAUACUAUCACUCGGACGAAAUUUUUAACGGCAAACAAGUGAUGGGAUUAACGCUUGACACCGAAAAUAGAUAUGUUUAUUGGAUUGUUCGUAGCUACGUAAGCGGGUCUAUCGUCUAUCGAGCACCCACUUCCGAAAAAAUUCCAAUGAAUCAAAAGAUCGUCCCGGAAAAGGUGUCCGCUUUACAUGUUCCAAACCUGCAAGGACCUCUGUGCUAUUUCUCCGAACAUUUGCUGUGGCUACAGGACGAUGUGAACGCAGUGAUUGGUGAUCUGUCGGGUCAGAAUACUGCCGUGAUUAACGGUAUCACUUUGUCCGGUUUGCACAUGGUAGCUGUCAUGGAUCCCGCUUUUCACCGAUACCCCAAAAAUUUGACAUCGGAGAAUAUCGUGGUGUCGCCGAAUGCUGUCGAUUUUGAUAGUAUAAGAGUAGAAGGGACCUGGAGAAACUUUAACAUAUCCUGGGAUCCCGUGAAGAACAUCAAUUACGGCACAGUCUUUUACGAAGUAAAGUUUGUGGAUUACAUCAAUACAAAUUCAAACUCGGAAAUCACGAUCGAAACGACGAUGCCUUACAACAAUUCGGACCGGAUCUUGCCUUAUUCCGUAUUGGAAGUCACUGUAAAGGCAUUUACUUACUGGGAAACUGCUCAUCGUUCCCGGAAAAUCUUAAGAUCUCCUCAAAGUUUGCCGACUCAGCCAAUGUAUCCCAGGGCAUACGUGGAAUUUUACAAAAAAGUUCUAAGCGAAAACGUAGACAUUUUUGUGACAUUUAGAUGGAAUGAACCAGAAUUUACAAACGGACUGAUAUUGGGAUAUACGGUUCAGUGGAAUAAGGUCAACAAGAAUCAGGAGAUCGAAACUUUUCACAAUCAUAGCGUGCCAGCUACAAUAUUGGAGUUUACAGUGUAUAGGAUGUUGCCCAAUACGACGUACUAUUUCCAAGUACAAGCGCACACCGAGAUCGGUGCCGGUUCUUAUACGGACUUUAUUAGUAUAUCGACCGCGUACGAAAAUCCAGUACCUCAAGUCUUGGUCGCCACAAUGGAUGCCGUUAAGCUUGCGGAUUUGGAUCAAAAGAUUAACUACACGAUUACCCGACAUAUCGCGAUCGAGGUCAGUUAUUUGGAAAACAAAAUCUACUGGAUUAACGACAUGCAGGAAUUAGUAACGUCGGAGAUGAACGGAGCUAACGCUACGAAGAUACUCGAGCUAAACAAUACUGCGCGGAGCCUUUGUGUCGACUGGGUUGCGAGAAAUUUAUACUGGUCUGAGUCCAAAGGAAGCGGCGGCUAUAUCAUGAAGCUAGAUUUGACAAUGUGGCAAGUUGGUAUAGUCAAGUACGAGAAUAUUGUAAACAGAGGGAAAAAUAUUUUAAAUUUAGACGUACUGCCGUCUCGAGGAUUAUUGUAUUGGAUCGAGUCGACGACAAAUAAUCGAGGUACAAUAAUGCAAUCGGACCUUGAUGGAAAUAACGUAGUGCCCUUCUUCAGGAACAGAGAAAGUAACUCCUCCAAAGUGUGCACCUGCUCAUACAGCCUAUCGGUAAAACCUGUAAUGUCUAUUGACAAAACCAACAUCCAGGAGCCGGUGAUGUAUUGGAUGUCGUUGGAGGGAUACUUAAAUGUGGCCGACAUUUACGGUUGCAUGUGCAAGACAGUAUUAAAUGCGAGUUCUAGCAAAGGAACAUCUCUUACGGUGGACAAGAUGAACGUUUAUUGGUCCGACGCACAGAAUGAUCAAAUCUACUUUUCCAGAAAAGGAUAUUUUUUAUCCGUGAGCAAAGGAAACGCAUCUGAACCGGAAGUGAAGAGUUUCUAUUUGUCUAGUAUGCGUAGCAUUAAAGCCUUUGGUAAAUCGUUACAACCAUAUCCUAUCGCGAACUGUCUGAUACCGUGCCGAGUGAUCUAUAAAGUUGAGAGGCUGACAGAAACUGGAAACAGUAUCACCGUGAAGCUUCCGGAACCAAUUCCUAAUCACGGCUGCGAGAGAUACAGUCUGCCCACCACAUUGUACACCAUUUGCGUGUCUGAGUAUUUGGAUAACGAUUCUGAUGAGUGUAAGAGUCACGAAAGGAUGGACAAAGUACAAACAUAUGAGCAACGAGAUCCGAAAUAUGAGAUUCGGAACUUGAAGCCGUUUACCGAGUACAGAUUAAAGUUGGCUCUGAGCAAUUACUACACCGAAUUGACAUCGACGAGUCUGAAUUUCGACUUGGGAGUGGUGCUCAGGACUGGACCAGGAAAUCCCAGUGUACCGGAAAACGUCACUGUCGAAGCGUUGACGCCGACCUUGGCGGCAGUAUAUUGGAUGCCACCUAAGAUAUUGAAUUCCGCAGCGGUGAAUUAUGAGGUUCAUUGGAAAUCGUCUGACUUGAACGGCACGCGACAAAAGAGCGAAGAAUUGUUUAAGGAGCCGGAGCGUACCGCAGACGGUAGGUUUUACACAAUGCUGGAGUCGUUGCUGCCUGGACAAGAGUAUGCGGUGUAUGUGCGCGUAUAUUCCGUUCACUCCAACGAGUUUUACAACCGGAGUGACAUGAAAAACGUGCAGAUGUACCCGGAGCCUAACAAUCUCACGCUUAGCGGAGCCGGCGUCAAUAGCCUGAACGUCUCUUGGAUUCCGAAUGUCAAUCUGACGAUCGGUUAUGUGUUGGAGUACAGAGACAUUGGGUCGGAAAACUGGCAAACCGCGAAUAACGCCGAGGUGGAGAAGGACAUAGUGACGUAUCAUAUAGAAGAUAUGCAGCCGCGUACUACGUACAAAUUUCGCUUGAUAUUAAAGUAUCCAGCGUAUAAGAAGGACGUUGUAUGGCCGUCCGACGGAGGAUUUACGUUUGAAACUAUUGGUGAUGUUCCGAGUGCUCCUGGAAUACCUACGUUAACGAGGCUUCGUAAUUCUGUAUACCAAUUAAAUUGGGAACCCGCGCAAGCUCAUGGCUCGCCGGUUACUUUAUACAUAGUGGAAGGUUUGAUCAUUGACGAUAAUUACAAGCAAGACAAUAAAGCCGAAAUAAACGAAAGCUGGACUUUAUAUCACAAUGGCACGGAUAGUUAUUGGAUAAUUACCGGGAAUAUGGAUCACAAAUAUCGAUUUCGCGUGCAAGCUAAAAAUGCUUACGGAUUCGGUGAUUGGAGUAGACCGAGCGCAGUCGUGGACUUGACAGAAUCUAUUGGAGGAAUUUUAGCUGCGCAGCAACAUUUAGGAUUGGUGUUGGGUCUCAGUGUGGUUGUCAUUACUUUAAUGCUGCUGUGCCUCUGCUACUUCAUCUGCCCAGUGUAUAGACAACGCAAAGAAGACAAAAAAGCAGUUCUACCUCCGAUAGUGUCCGAUGUCGAGUUAGCGACUCUUCGUGAGAUACCUCGCGGUAAUUUCGUCCAAUCCAACGCUCUCUACGCUUCUACACUGCAGAACGAUCCAGAUGAUUCCGUGCUGCCGAAAAUCAGACGGGAGCAAAUUACACUGGCAAAGUUCUUGGGGAGUGGCGCGUUCGGAAAGGUAUACCAGGGAAAAGCGAAGGAUUUGGAAGGAUCGGGCAUAACGCCCGUCGCCAUUAAGACAUUACGAGAGGGUGCCUCGUCGCAAGAGAAAACGGAAUUUUUACAAGAGGCCAAAUUAAUGAGCCACUUUAGACACAAGCACGUGCUAAGGCUGCUGGGAGUUUGCUUGGACACGGAUCCGCCGUUGCUCGUGUUGGAAUUGAUGGAGGCUGGUGAUUUGUUAAGCUAUCUGAGAGACAGUCGGUCCUUGCAAUCCACAGACACGCAUGCUCUACGUCUACAAGACUUGCUCGCCAUGUGCGAGGAUGUCGCACGGGGCUGUCGUUAUUUGGAGGAGCUGCAUUUUGUGCACAGAGACCUCGCGUGUCGAAAUUGCUUGGUGUCCGCGAGGGAUCGUGAGAGUCGUGUCGUGAAAAUCGGCGACUUUGGACUAGCUAGAGAUAUUUACAAGAACGAUUAUUAUCGCAAGGAAGGAGAAGGCUUGCUUCCUGUUCGCUGGAUGCCCCCGGAAUCCCUGGUGGACGGAGUGUUCACCUCGCAGAGCGACGUCUGGGCGUUCGGAGUGUUAAUGUGGGAGAUCACGACGUUGGGUCAGCAACCAUAUCCUGCCAUGACUAACUUUGAAGUGUUGCAUCACGUGAGUGCGGGCAACAGAUUACCAAGACCCCUCAACUGUCCACCGGCGUUGCAUCAACUGAUGUUACGUUGCUGGAGUGUAGCGGACGCCAGGCCGAGUUUUAAAGUUUGUCUCGAUAAUAUCGUCACUCUGAGGAGCGAUACGGAAGAUGCGAUACUGAGCCCGGUACACGCUGGGCAUAUGGCACGCAGAGGCGUGUCUAACAUGGCUUACUUUGCUGACGAGAAUCAGAAUCAUAACAAUUCAGGAAACUCCUGGAAAUCUAGCAGUUCCGAGGGAAGCAGAGACAUGCAGCCCUUCCUUCAAAAUUCAAACAACGCCACGCUGGCUCCGCACUCCGGUGAUAUCCCUAAGUACUUGGAAGUGUUGGCGGACAAUGAAGAUAUUAUUCUGAGGAAAAACCCUACGUCUGGUUACGAAGUGCCCCGCUCGAUCCAUAUUUCGGAUCAGAACUUGGCGAAUAUGAGCAAAAACAACUGCGCGAAUCAGGAUCGCAAAUGUAGCUUGCCUUCGGAGAUCUCGCGAGACCGUAAGCAACGCUCGAUAGAAGAACGAAAACAGUCAGAUGGAACGUUGUACGACAAGAGAUCGUCAGUCGCGAGUCUAAACUCGCCCGAUCGAAGGGGAAUGCCGGCUCUGUCGGAUAAGUUCAACACGUUGGAUAGUUCCAGAUUGGCAAACUACCUAGUAAAGACGACACUUAAGAGGGACUCUUUCUCGUCAUUGAACGAGCAACGAAAAUACAUAUCUAGCUUGAGCGAGCGAAGAGACUCUGAGGCAAGUCUCGAGGGCAGGAGCUGCAGCUCGCUUAGUCUAGCGCCCUCCACUCGUCCUAGUUCGUCCUUGAUUAAUUCACAGACGACGGUCCUUCCUACGAAGAAUAACGUUCCGAAUGCCACCGUAAACGGAGAAGUGCUCUCGAACGAGAGCGCGGUGAUAAAGAAUACAUUGCCGAAUAUCCAAAGGACUCAUUCGAACUUGCAAAAUAGUAAGGCGAACAUACCCCUCGUGAUAAAUAGCGCGUUGUUGAAUCUACUGAGGCAGAAACCCGUUGUCGAUGACAGCAAUAACAUUGUCACGUACACGAAUAUAAAUGCAGAUGCUGUCAGAGUGAAUGGAUCGUGAUAAUCGUUUGUACAUUGCGGUCAAUUCAAGAUAAGUGUCGUUUUGCUCGAAUUUUUUUCCAUUCUAAUGGUAAAGUAAAAUGGUUAUGGGAAUUUAUAACCAAAUAUAACUCAGAAUGAGUUGGUCAAUUCGGAGGAUUUAUUCACUCGAAUAAGUGCGACUUGGAAUAACAACGUGCUAUAUCCUAUGAAACGUUUUAUACGCGUCGAAUAUUACUCGGCCACGUAUCCGCUGGUUUCGCUCAAAUUUCCUAUUCGUUUUAUCUUAAUCCUAAAAUGAGACAAUGUCUCAAAUAUAUCGAAUUGUAUUCAAUUCCGUUCGUAUCGUUGACGUCCAAACGUUUCGUAUGCGAACAGUCGGUCUUUUUGCAUAUUUGCAAUUAUCGAUGAACGAAAACAGAUGGAAUGGAGUUAAAUAGCUUUAAACUGCCAUUUUAAUGUACAUAUAUAAAUUUUUAUACUCAAAAGUUUGUCUUAAAUAUGCUCAUUAUGGCAGAUCGUUUUGAAAUGUGCGAAUUUUACGACUUUAUGUAUUCAAUACGAUAGAAGCAAAAUUGUUAUUUAAUGUAGAAUUAAUAUAGUCGAUAGUGAGUAGUAGGCGUGAAGAGAGUAUAGUAUAACUUUAUAAUCUUUUUGUUUUAAAUAACAUAUUUAUUGAAUACAACUAUUGUAGGUACAAGUUUCUUUCUAUUAUCGCGACGAGAUGUUAUUAAAGAUCAACGAAUGAUAUUAUCGCGUCGUGCAUGCACACAUACACACACACACACACACACACACACACACACACACAGUAUAUACAGUUUACAAAUUAUAUUUUAGACCGUGUAGAAUUAAUAGCGCAUUCUCGUAGACCAACAUUCAGAUAUUUAUAUCAAAUGAUCGCAUGUAGUCAGUGUAAUGUUGUUAUGAUAACGUUGCUUAUCGAUAAUUUAUCCAAUAGUUAUGAAACUCUCGCCAGCAUUGCAGGUCUCUGAUAAUAUCUCGUUGCUAUUUGUUGUACAAAUUCCGCAUUUGGUGAUAAUUAGCGAUAUGGAAAAUUCAAUUAAUAUGAAAAAUUGUUAAGUUUUCUACAUAGAUUUAAUGGAAUAUAAAAAUGUACAUGUACAAUAUUGUCAAAGAAGUAAGUUUGAAUGUAUGGAAUCUCUCUCAUAAAAUUUAUGAUUAUGCGCUGGUUGACUCACAAAUGAAACGCCGUCCAGAAUUGACAGGAUACAGAUUAAAUCGUAAAAUAAAAUAUAAAAUCUGUAUCUCGUUAUAGAGUAAAUUCACACAGAACUAUAACGUAAUUAUAAAUAUAAAAUCUGUAUCUCGUUAUAGAGUAAAUUCACACAGAACUAUAACGUAAUUAUAAAUAUAAAAUCUGUA